UAUUCCCAGAAGUACUCCCAGAAGUACUCCCAGAAGUACUCCCAGAAGUACUCCCAGAAGUACUCCCAGAAGUACUCCCAGAAGUACUCCCAGAAGUACUCCCAGAAGUACUCCCAGAAGUACUCCCAGAAGUACUCCCAGAAGUACUCCCAGAAGUACUCCCAGAAGUACUCCCAGAAGUACUCCCAGAAGUACUCCCAGAAGUACUCCCAGAAGUACUCCCAGAAGUACUCCCAGAAGUACUCCCAGAAGUACUCCCAGAAGUACUCCCAGAAGUACUCCCAGAAGUACUCCCAGAAGUACUCCCAGAAGUACUCCCAGAAGUACUCCCAGAAAUACUCCCAGAAAUACUCCCAGAAAUACUCCCAGAAAUACUCCCAGAAAUACUCCCAGAAAUACUCCCAGAAAUACUCCCAGAAAUACUCCCAGAAAUACUCCCAGAAAUACUCCCAGAAAUACUCCCAGAAAUACUCCCAGAAAUACUCCCAGAAAUACUCCCAGAAAUACUCCCAGAAAUACUCCCAGAAAUACUCCCAGAAAUACUCCCAGAAAUACUCCCAGAAAUACUCCCAGAAAUACUCCCAGAAAUACUCCCAGAAAUACUCCCAGAAAUACUCCCAGAAAUACUCCCAGAAAUACUCCCAGAAAUACUCCCAGAAAUACUCCCAGAAAUACUCCCAGAAAUACUCCCAGAAAUACUCCCAGAAAUACUCCCAGAAAUACUCCCAGAAAUACUCCCAGAAAUACUCCCAGAAAUACUCCCAGAAAUACUCCCAGAAAUACUCCCAGAAAUACUCCCAGAAAUACUCCCAGAAAUACUCCCAGAAAUACUCCCAGAAAUACUCCCAGAAAUACUCCCAGAAAUACUCCCAGAAAUACUCCCAGAAAUACUCCCAGAAAUACUCCCAGAAAUACUCCCAGAAAUACUCCCAGAAAUACUCCCAGAAAUACUCCCAGAAAUACUCCCAGAAAUAUUCCCAGAAAUAUUCCAGAAAUAUUCCCAGAAAUAUUCCCAGAAAUAUUCCCAGAAAUAUUCCCAGAAAUAUUCCCAGAAAUAUUAAGAUCAAAAUAUUACUCACGUGUCCUCUGGCGUGGUCGCUGGAGGCUUACCUGGGGAGAGAGAAACAUACAUUAUUACACCACUCUGAAGUGAAGUGA